GGUUUAUUUAAGGCAACUUUUUGGAAGAAUUAAGCCAAAAUUUCGUCAAGGGUGUGCUGGUCGCAUCCUCCCCUGUUGGAUCCUACCUUGUGUUUCGAGGAAUUUCUUUUUCAUUUCAAACUGCCAUAAUGGGAGGUUACGAUCUAGAAGCCGCUGCCUUGAAACCCGCCGCCAAAUCUACGUCAUUGUUAAAAUGGCUGAUCAUCGGAACAAUUAUGGGUAUUGUUGGCAUUGGCGGUGUUCUUGUUGGCCUGGGAGUCUCGGGAAACCUCGGCAAAGGAAGUGAUGAGGACAACUUGAUUACGGGCGGAGCAGCUCAGGCAGGGAUGUUCAAUGGGCAGAAUCAACAGGGUAGCUUUGGACAGAACCAGAAUGGCCUGGGUAUGCUGGGUAACGCUGUCGGCAUCCCUGACGACACGCCAGACAUUGUGCCUGAUGUGGUUGAGAACGUUGUUGAGAAUAUCAACGAUGUCAGGAAUGACAUUGCCGACAACGCAGCAGAUGUCGUUGACACUGCUUCUGACGCAGCUAAUAAUGUCAUCGAUGCAGCUGCUGACAUUGUCGAUGAUGUUAACGACGAUGUAAAUGAUAUCGUUGGCGAUAUUCGUGAUGAUAUGGCAGAAGUUGGAGAUGAUGUGACUGAUAUAGUUGAUGACGUCACAGAUGAUGUUGAUGAUGUGGCAGAUGAUGUGAACGAUGUGGUAGAUGAUGUUGACGAUGUGACUGAUGAUGUUGAUGACAACAGCCGUGAAGUUGAAGAUGAAGCUUCCGACGAUUUUGAUGAUGCCAUAGAAGAUAUUGCUGAGGCAAGGGCCGAUGUGGUCGACCAGGCAACAGAUGCGUUUGAGGACUUGUUGGACGAUGCCGAUGACCAAGCUGAUGAUAUCAGGGAUGAUGUUGAAGAUAGUCUUGAAACAUCAUUGGAAGGUGCAGAAACAGAUCUGGAGGAUGUCUUAGAAGAUAUCUUAGAUGACAACGAAUUGGAUGAUGAUAGCAGCGACGAUGACGCCCCUUUGGAGAAUAUGAGAGACGCUUUAGAAGACAGAAUCGAGGAAAUGACUGAUGAUGAUGAUGACACAUCUGAAGGCCAAGAUGACGUUGAUAACGAUGACAUUGAUGACUCUCCAUUGGAGACUAUGAGAGACGCUUUAGAAGACAGAAUCGAGGAAAUGACUGAUGAUGAUGAUGAUGAUGAUGAUGAUGAUGAUGAUGACACAUCUGAAGGCCAAGAUGACGUUGUUGAUAAUGAUGACAGUGAUGACUCUCCAUUGGAGACUUUGAGAGAUGCUUUAGAAGACAGAGUCGAGGAAAUGACUGAUGAUGAUGAUGAUGAUGACACAUCUGAAGGCCAAGAUGACGUUGUUGAUAAUGAUGACAGUGAUGACUCUCCAUUGGAGACUUUGAGAGAUGCUUUAGAAGACAGAAUCGAGGAAAUGACUGAUGAUGAUGAUGAUGACACAUCUGAAGGCCAAGAUGACGUUGUUGAUAACGAUGACAUUGAUGACUCUCCAUUGGCGAUUAUGAGAGACGCUUUAGAAGACAGAAUUGAGGAAAUGACUGAUGAUGAUGUUACAUCUGAAGGCCAAGAUGACGUUGUUGAUAAUGAUAACAUUGAUGACUCUCCAUUGGAGAUUAUGAGAGACGCUUUAGAAGACAGAAUCGAGGAAAUGACUGAUGAUGAUGAUGAUGACACAUCUGAAGGCCAAGAUGACGUUGUUGAUACUGAUGACAGUGAUGACUUUCCUUUGGAGACUAUGAGAGACGCUUUAGAAGAUAGAAUCGAGGAAAUGACUGAUGAUGAUGAUGAUGAUGACACAUCUGAAGGCCAAGAUGACGUUGUUGAUAAUGGUGGCAGUGAUGACUCUCCUUUGGAGAAUAUAAGAGAUGCUUUGGAAGAGAGAUUCGACACAAUCACUGAUGACAGUACACCUGAUGAUCAAGAUGACCUCUUUAACGAUAAUGAUGACACCCCCUGGGGAAAUUUGAGAGAUGCUCUGGAAGACAGGAUCGACACAAUCACUGAUGACAGCACACCUGAUGAUCGAGAUGAUCUUUCUGAUGAUAAUGAUGACACCCCCUUGGAAAACAUGAGAGACGCUUUAGAAGACAGAAUCGACACAAUCACUGAUGACAGCACACCUGAUGAUCAAGAUGAUCUUUCUGAUGAUGAUGACGACACACCCUUGGAAACUAUGAGAGACGCUUUAGAAGACAGGAUAGACACAAUCACUGAUGACAGUACACCCGAUGAUCAAGAUGACCUCUUUAACGAUAAUGAUGACACACCCUGGGGAAAUAUGAGAGAUGCUUUGGAAGAGAGAAUCGACACAAUCACUGAUGACAGCACACCUGAUGGUCGAGAUGAUCUUUCUGAUGAUGAUGACACACCCUUGGAAAAUAUGAGAGACGUUUUAGAAGAGCGAAUCGACACAAUCACUGAUGACAGCACACCUGAUGAUCAAGAUGACCUCUUUAACAAUAAUGAUGACACACCCUCGGAAAAUAUGAGAGAUGUUUUGGAAGAGAGAAUCGACACAAUCACUGAUGACAGCACACCUGAUGAUCAAGAUGAUCUUUCUGAUGAUGAUGACGACACACCCUUGGAAAAUAUGAGAGACGUUUUAGAAGAGCGAAUCGACACAAUCACUGAUGACAGCACACCUGAUGAUCAAGAUGACCUCUUUAACAAUAAUGAUGACACACCCUCGGAAAAUAUGAGAGAUGUUUUGGAAGAGAGAAUCGACACAAUCACUGAUGACAGCACACCUGAUGAUCAAGAUGAUCUUUCUGAUGAUGAUGACGACACACCCUUGGAAACUAUGAGAGACGCUUUAGAAGACAGGAUAGACACAAUCACUGAUGACAGGACGCCUGAUGAUCAAGAUGAUCUUUCUGAUGAUGAUGAUGAUGACACACCCUUGGAAAAUAUGAGAGAUGCUUUGGAAGACAGAAUCGACACAAUCACUGAUGACAGCACACCUGAUGAUCAAGAUGAUCUUUCUGAUGAUGAUGGUAUAGCUGAUUUAAUGGACGACACGGUCGGUGAUGUUUCAGAUGCUCAAAAUGGCAUGGUUGAUACGAUGCAAGAUGUGGUUGGGGAUGCUAAUGAUGCAGGAAGUGAUGCAGUGGGCAAUAUGGCUGACUCCCUGAUGAAUGCUGCUGCUAACGUUGCAGAUACUGUCAAUGACGUGAGAGGGUCGAUGUUGGAUGCUUUCAGUGACAGUGUUGAUGCAGCUGCUGACGUAAGAGACACUUCCUUAGAUACCAUGUCGGAGAUGUAUCCCACGAUAGGAACGAUGCACAACGGAGGGGCCUCAAUAGACGGGUUAAUGAACAGCAGUGAAGAAGGAUUUGACGUCGCGGAAGAGUGAAACAAAUUUAAAAAAUCAGGAUUAAUUUAUUGUCAAUGCAAUGUAUGAUGUGAGUCUGUGUUUCCAUAUUACGACAUUUUUGCAGAAUUAUAUCAUCAGUACAUAUCCUUCUCUUGAGAACUAUCUCCGACGUGUUGACUGGCUUUUCACGAGCAAUAAAAUCAAAAGUAACAACGGAACCAUGUUUGUCAGCAAGCUGUUUGAUACAUACCCACUGUGCUUUCAGAGUGUCUUUACCCAAGGCGGCUGGUCCGCCACUAUGUAUAUAUGUAGCUCUAUUUGUAUACAAUGUGCUCUAGACUUUGUAUAUACCACAUGACAUUGUUUAACUGUUUAUACUGUCGUCUCCAUUAGUGCUAAUCGUGAUGUUAUAUUCCUUAUACCAAUUUGUAGGCUUACACUAUAGUUAAGUGAAUAAAUAUAUAUUUGUA